UCAUCGUGCCGGUCGACUUGAAUACAGCGUUCCAUUUACCCGCAUUGUGAAACACAACGUCAGUUAUGUGCCCGUCUCUACGCCAAGUAACUGAUACACGAGUAUACUCGCGUGCCAUCAACUAAUAAUAUGAACAGUGCAAUGGUGCCGGAAGCACGAGAACAAAAAAAGAAACAGAAACUCAAGUAUCCAAAGGCCGUCUUCUUCAUUGUCAGUAAUGAGUUCUGCGAAAGGUUCUCGUACUAUGGAAUGCGAACUAUUUUGGCGUUGUACCUGAAAAACAAAUUGGAUUAUGGUGACAAUACAGCUACUGUUAUUUAUCACAUUUUUACGAUGUUUGUGUACUUUUUUCCGUUAUUUGGUGCAAUGCUGGCAGAUUCGGUCCUUGGAAAAUUUAGGACUAUAUUUUACUUGAGUAUUGUCUAUGCUCUGGGUCAACUGCUCCUUUCAGCAAGUGCUGUUCCCACGUUUGGUUUACCAAUCAGAGAAUUUUCGAUGAUUGGAUUACUUCUAAUUGCUCUCGGUACAGGUGGCAUAAAACCAUGCGUAGCAGCCUUUGGUGGGGAUCAAUUCAUUCUUCCACAACAAGAGAAACAUCUUAUCAUGUUCUUUUCAGUUUUCUAUUUUGCCAUAAAUUCUGGAUCACUUAUCUCAACAUUCCUCACACCAGAACUCCGUAAUAAUGUAACAUGUUUUGGAGAUCAAGAAUGCUUUUCAGUCGCGUUUCUUGUCCCUGCUAUCCUCAUGAUUGUUUCAAUUGUUAUAUUUCUCAGUGGUAAAUCGUUAUACAGGUUGAAAAAACCAGAGGGAAAUGUCGUCCUGGGGGUCGUUAAAUGUAUGUCGCGAGCAAUAUAUAGAAAAAUCAAAAGCAAGAAAGAGCUUAAGCGUGAUCACUGGCUAGACUACGCUGAUGAUAAGUACGAUACCACGUUAAUUUCUGACAUAAAAGCAGCUCUGCAAGUUUUGACACUCUUCAUUCCCUUACCAUUCUUCUGGGCCCUAUUUGAUCAGCAAGGAUCGCGAUGGACAUUCCAAGCUACAAGAAUGGACGGUCAAAUUGGGAACUUUCUUCUGAAACCUGAUCAAAUGCAAGUCGUUAAUCCACUCUUCAUCGUCAUCUUCAUUCCAAUAUUUGAGACAUGUCUUUACCCUCUAAUGGCAAAGAUUAGAUGCACUGAUACGCCAUUAAAAAAACUAACCACUGGCGGAAUUUUAGCUGCAGUUGCUUUCAUCCUGUCUGCCCUUGUGGAAUUAAAUUUGGAGGCAAGUUAUCCAGUUCUCCCAAUGGACGGUACGGCACAAUUGCGGAUUUUUAAUCCAAGAAAUUGCACAUUACCACUUGUAAUAAAUAAUCAAUCAAUAAUUAUGAAACCGUUGGGUAUUUGGGGAGAUAUUGAUAUCAGCCUAAAAGGGAAUCAAUCAAUAUCAUACAGUGCUGAUUUUUCACAAUGUGGCGGGGCUAAAAAUGCUUCGGGAAUAAUUACGGCUGUGGAAGGCCAAGCAACUUCAUAUGUAUUAGAACCAGAACUCUCGUAUGCCUACGAGGAUCAUAAUAAUAAAAGCACGAAUGGGAAUCCCGCAAUUCGGGUACUAAGUUAUAACACUUUGGGUCGAAAUGCAGUGACAACAGUGGAGCUAUCAAAAGUGAAUUUUGUUUUUAAAACAAGCACAACAAGUGAUGUAGCACAAAUAACCCCGGUAGCCGACUUUAAUCCUGGGGAAUAUGAUGUCAAAGUAAAUGGCAAAGAUGUAGGGUCCAUAGCGAUCAAACUCGGUGGUGUUUAUACUCUGCAGACAUAUGUCACUGCCAACAGUACGACGAUAGGCCUCACUACCAUCACUCCAGCCAAUUCUGUUCAUAUCUUAUGGCUCAUUCCCCAGUAUAUCGUUAUUACAAUGGGUGAAGUUAUGUUCUCAGUUACUGGGCUCGAAUUUGCAUUUACACAAGCCCCAGUAACAAUGAAAUCGCUACUUCAAGCUGCUUGGCUGAUGACCGUGGCGUUUGGUAAUCUCAUCGUUGUCAUUAUUGCUGAAGCAAAGAUAUUUGACCGACAGGCAUUGGAAUUCUUCCUCUUCGCGGGUUUAAUGGUCCUGGAUAUGUUGAUAUUCGCAAUUAUGGCUAAUUCCUACAAAUAUAGAAGUUAUAACGAUGAUGAAAAUUCUGGUCAAUCCGAUGAUGAAGACAUAUCAUUGAAAGAAAAGAACGGCCACCUAAAUGAAUCUUUUUCAGCCAGCGAAGAAAACGUGAAAUUAUGAAGAUUUUUCAUGAAAUUUCUUAUAAAUUUAUUUGAGUAUUUAUAUUCAGAUACGUGUAAUCACUUUUUUUAUAUCAAAGAGACCCAAUAUUUUUUAUUGUACAUAAAUCAAGAUUAUUAAAUAUUAACUAGUUUUAGA